CAGGAAGAUGGGGUACGAGAGGGAGAUAAGAACGAGAGCCGACAUCGAGACCGCAGAAGGCCAUGAAACGUUUAUUUGUCUCGUCCCGGACAGAUAUGAGGACAGACGGCCUCCGCCAGUGUGUUGGUACACAUCCUGACCAGACAGCAUGGGGCUGAAGAUCAGCAAGCGCUGUUGUUUUCCACUGCAGGGACAACAGAGCCACAGGCUGGUGAUCUUCGCAGCCAUCUUUGUCCUGAUGACACUCCUCAUCCUGUACGGCUCCAACAAUGUCAACGAGUCUGUAUAUGCUCCCUUCCAUGUGGCUACAAAUUAUGCCAUCAAGGCCACAGAUCUGAAGACGUGGUCCGGGAAAGACGGUUAUGUGCCAUUUCACGGGAACAAGAGUAUGAACCUACGCUGUCAGAAAUGUGCGCUGGUGACGAGCUCCAGCCACGUCCUGGGCAGUCGCGCAGGAGAAGACAUCGACCGCACGGAGUGCGUGAUUCGUAUGAACGACGCUCCCACGUUGGGGUACGAGACUGAUGUAGGGAACCAGACCUCUCUGAGGGUCGUGGCCCACUCCAGUGUGUUCAGGGUGAUCCGGAAGCCUAAUGAGUUCCUACAGAGGCCAGACAGCAGCCCUGUGAUCAUCUUCUGGGGACCCCCAAGCAAGAUCGGCAAGGAGGGCAAAGGAACGCUGUACAGGUUGAUCCAGAGAGUCAGCAUGACCUACAACAACUUGUCUUGUUUCAGUAUCACAGCCAACAAGAUGCGCAGAUUUGACAGUCUGUUUCACAGGGAGACUGGACGAGAUAGACAAAAAUCUCACUCGUGGUUGAGCACAGGCUGGUUCACCAUGGUCAUAGCCAUUGAGAUGUGUGAUAGCAUCAAAGUAUACGGGAUGGUUCCACCAAAUCACUGCGGGAAAUCCAAACCUGGAUCCAGGAAGAUGCCCUACCACUACUACAAGCCCAGGGGUCCUGAUGAAUGUGUGACAUACUUACAGAAUGAGGGCAGCCGGAGAGGGAACCACCAUCGCUUUAUCACAGAGAAACAAGUGUUUGCACGCUGGGCAAAGCAGUACAACAUCACCUUCACUCAUCCCAAAUGGUUUUAGACUUUUGUGAAAACCACAGAGAGAUCCAUCAGUGCUGAGAGAGGCCUCGAAUGAGGCUUCAAAGAAAGCACAUGAUGAAAUACUGCUGUUAUCAGGAAUAGCCACAAGGAUGAAACAUGUUUUGGACCGAUAGACUGAGAAGAGUGCAGGAUCUCAGUUUGGAGAGGAAUUACUAUAUUGUGUAUAUUCCACAUGGACUUGUAGUGGCCAGCAGACGGGUGUUUUCGUAAGUAGGAAAGAAGAUGAAUUUAAAGAAGAAUUUUUACAUGUUUGUAGUAUUUUUGUUAAUAUGUAUUAAAAAGUCAUUAUGUUUCCCAUGGGAAGAGGGAAUUAUAUCAGCAGGCAUUCUCAUUAGAUUGGACUAAGUGGCCUACAAAACACUAUCUCAGCUAGAGAUUAGAUUAUUCUCUACAGUAAUUGCAGUCUAAUUCAGCAGACCACUAAUUCAUUCUACCUGUACAUUGGUGCAGUGUGUGUGAGCAAUACAGCUGGGAACAGUAACAGUUCCUGAACAGAUGCCAAAACCACUUUUGUUCUCUUAGCUUAAAUAAUACGAGCAUUUCAACAUACAUUUUGAUUUAUAAACAACUAAAGAACGUCUUAAAUUUGACAAAAAACAGGAUUUUAAUGAGGAAACUUCUGAUUUCAUAUGUAAAGAUGACUGCCAGCUUAGUAUACUUGGUGCUACAGAUACUCUUUGUUGAUUCAACAGUGACAAACAAUUACACUGCAGUUUGUGCAUCAGCUAUCUUGCCUGUAAUAAUUAAAACAGAUUGCUGAAAUUACGUGGCACCACAUUUAUUCUAGAGAUACCGAUUGCCACAUUAUAAAGAUUUGAAAUCUCAGAGUUGUUAUAACACUAAUUUCUUACUGAACUACCGAUUACUGAUCUAAAACCUUUUUUUUAAUACCUCAGUGGCAUUCCAGUGCAUGCAGCUUGUGUUUAAAUAGUCCACAGAAUGCAUCAUGGUCAUGUUGUGUAUCAGUAUGUUGCCCUGAGGACCGCAUGAUUCAAUUAAAAGUGAAAUUGCCAUAAAACUAAACAUGAGAAGGGUUCAAUGUCUUUCACUGUGUUGCCUUUUGCAAGUUGUUUAUCGGUGAACGUGUCAUCAGAAUAUUUAUCUUCAAGGAGAGGCCGUCAUCACCGAUUGUUGUGAUGAAGCCUAAAAUAACAUGAGUUUUGUAUAUAACAGUCAGUGUCUAUAACUCAACUACACAAACACACAUUUUAUAAUCAAUGAUGGAAGACAAAGUAUUGGAAACGUGAACAAAACUAAAUACAAUUCAACAAAACCACAAAGUACAGGCUCCAAAAUGUCAUCACCUCUCUAAAACAGUUAAACAAAAAUGUAACAUUAACUUCAUUGAAGUAUUAAUUAUUGCAGGACUGUUGUAUCAGUACUAAAAGCAGACGGGUGACUUUCUCUUACCGCGGGCGUGUGUUUGACCUACUCUCUCAGAAAAAAUGGUGUUUAUUGAUGAAAAUAUUCAGUGACAUUUGUUUGUGCGUGUUGUGCUUUGAAAAAAUACAAUACGAGUCGGUGCAAGCUUGUGGAAAGUAUUUGUAUUUAAAUAUGUACAAUUUGUUAAGCCAUUUACAAACACAGACAUACAGAACAAAGACAUGAAGAGAAAUGUGACAGGUAUCUAGUGACAGUGUGUGACUGCACACAAUGCAGUGAUUGGGAUGUUUGUAUUAACAGCUGUUUUAACUGUAAGCAAUGCUACAAAGGUCUAAUUAUGGAAAAUUAACAACUUCAUGGUGAAUACUAGAUGAUAAAAUGUCUGCCAGCA